AUGGUUCUUCAGAAUGAUAUCGAUCUGCUUAACCCACCAGCAGCGCUUGAGAAGACCAAGCACAAGCUCAAGCGUCUUGUUCAAUCCCCAAACUCCUUCUUCAUGGAUGUGAAAUGCCAAGGAUGCUUCAACAUCACGACUGUGUUCAGUCACUCGCAGACCGUUGUUGUGUGCGGAAACUGCCAGACGGUUCUCUGCCAGCCUACAGGAGGAAAGGCGAGGCUCACCGAAGGAUGCUCUUUCAGGAGAAAGGGAGAUUGA